AUGUCUGGGGUCCCGCAACCCGCAGCGCAGCAGCAGCUCGAAGCCGCCGAGGCCAUCGCGAUCGCGCAACUGAGCCCCGCGCUCCAGGACCCCAAUACGCGCGUCGUCCGGGGCGUCGUGACAAUCACGUGGCCCUACAGCAUCGUUAGGAAGAACAUUGCCUUCCUCCUCGCCGAGGCCGACUUCCGCCUGCGUCGCGCCAAGGGCCAGGUGCGCGUCGAGUUUGCCGGCUCGAGCGCCAAAGCGAUUGCGGAUGCGGCUCUGGGCAGCGGCGACGAGAUUGCGCUGUCGCUGGACGGGGUCGAGCUCGUUGCGGACGACUCCAAGACGCGCGUUCCGGGUACGAGUUUGGAGUGGCAGCUGAGGUUUACGGAGAGGGUGCUUCUCCAGGCGAAAAUAAGCGACUCCGAAGAGGUCAAGGUUAUCGAUGUCGACCACCCCUCACAACCCGAGCCAGAGCCUGAAGAGCUACCGGUGUCUAUCCUCGAAACGUUCCAGGAUGUCGAAGAGACCCCGGGGCCGAUAGCGACACCCGCGAAAACACCUUUGAGCAAGAGAGCCGCCGAUCAAGGUCUUGGCGCCGACGAGUUUGCCUCCCCCGCGUUCCUCAAGCGUGCCAGGGUUUCGUACGGAUCGUUGUUCGAUGGGGGCCUCGACAUCUUUGAUGAGGCGGACGACGGAGCAAAGGCCCGGGCCAAGAAGAAGCCAAAGACGGGCAGGUACAGCAGCGUUUGGACAUACGCCAGUCGAACUCCGAGCCCCGAGCCUGAAGCAUCCGCGGAAGAAAACACAUCAAUGGUUGAGGAGCAGCCAACGGUUGCCACGCCGUCACGGCCUACGAUGGUAGACGGGGCCUGCCAGACAGUGGAGCAAGAGACGAGCCCCCCGAGAGACGUCCAGGUAGCAGCAGAGGCGCGGCAGGAUCCUUCGUACUGGCAGACGCCGUCGAAGUCGACAAUGAUCGAUUCAGGGGUUCAGUCUGAUCUGCCUCCCAGCCCCAACAUCGGGCUGACCCCGCUUGGAUUUGGACCGCCGCCGCCUAUGCCGAUAUUCACAUCCGCUCACGAGCAGUACCCGACGGCGUUUCAGCAGCCGCCUCUCGAUCCGGUCUUUGGCCACGACAUGGAGCCACACUACGGUGCCGAAGGCACGUUUCAUGAACAACCCAGUGCAUACCCGGAGGCAGGGCUUGAUCACUCGCCUAUGCAUGGUCACUACCCGGCGACGUUCCUCGACGAGCCACAUUUCGGCCCAGACGGUGUCGUCACGUCGCAGCCGCUGGCAGAACCGAUACCCGCGUACCAAGACCACCCGCAGCAGCACGAUCUGGAGGCGCAGCCCCACCACACAGUCAUGGUUGAUGGGGUCGCUGAGCCUCAGCAAAUACCAUGGGGACUCACGUCAGCACACUACUCGAGAUGGCCCGCGAAGCCUGCAGAGUCUGGCGAAAUGCAUGAGGGCCGGGCGUCUAGUCCUCAGGACGCCGAAGGCGAGACAUGGGAAGAUGACCGCGAGCGUCAGGCGAGAGACGAUGCUGAGGAUGAAGAAGCACUUAGGGUAGAGGAGGACCAAAUGUCGGAAGACCAAGAAGGCCCCGAGGAGAACUUUGCAUCGAGAACAUACGCCGAGAGACGUCACGAGCGAGGCGAAGAAGCCGCAAGCAUAGAAAAGGAGAGCAGUCCCGUGGGCAGUGGUAGCAGCAGCGAGAGCAGCGAAGAGAGCGACGAGGAAGCCGAGCACGAGGCCGACGAUACCGGCGGGGACUACGACAUUACCCAUUUCCGCAAUCUCAGCAACAAUCAAGAUGAUGACGCAGGAACGGACCUGGAGUCGGACUACGGACAGGAAGAAGAAGAUGAAAUACUGGACCCCGAAGAUGACGAGGAGGGCGAAGAAUCUGAAGACUACGAUGAGGAGGGCUACGAUGAGGGGGACUAUGACGAAGACGAGGACCAAGAGAAUCAACCGCCGCCUGCUGCUCCGCGAGGGGGACCACCGGUAGUCAUCGACUUGCUCUCGGAUUCCGAGGACGAGGGUGAAGCUCCCGCGCCACCGCCACAGCCCGCCGCGGUUCCUCGGCGACAGAUACCGCAGUACGAUGGGUCUGCCGAUGAGAUGGAAGACGAGGACAUGGACGAUCAAGAGAGCCAGGAAGGAAGUGCCAGGAACGAGGCCAGUCAACAAGGCUCGUCGCCGCAACCGUCUGAUGCGGAGAGCGAAGAGGAUGAGGCGUCGCAAGUCGGCACACCCACACCGAAGCCCCGUCAGGCGGCAGUGUUUUCCGCCCCGGAUCUGACGACGGGAUCGAUUGGCGACGAUUUCGAGACGAUGAGCCCGGUGAAGCUGCCGCACAUGGCAGGCGUUCCGCAUAGCUCGUCCCGGCCUACCUCGCGAGGGGAAUCGGACGAUCUCGAGGCGGAGCUCGAAAAGGAGUUGGAGGAGGAGCUUGCGGCUGAUGAUGCCGGGAGUGACCGUCAGACACCGGCCCCGUCAGAGGGCAUGACGGGCGUUGAAGAGACGGGGGCUGUGCGGUCGAGUCCGUUCAAUGAGAACGUCGGUCAUGCGAUGCCGAAGCAGGCGGCAUCCAGUCCGUUUAACGAGGAUCCUGUUGGCCAUGCAACGUCGAAGGAGGCCGUAUCUAGCCCAGUCAGAACCGACGGCGAGGAUUCUGAGGUGCUGGGGGAGGAGACGCUCGCUGUUGAGUCCCCUGUGGCUGAGGAGUCUAGCCCUGUUCGACCUGUCUCAGCUGUCGAGGAACCGGCCGUCGAGUAUUUGGCGGAGGUUUCUAGCCCGGUCCGACCUGUUGCGAAGGAGCCGGCCGUCAAGUCGAUGGCUGAGGAAUCUAGCCCCGUUCGGCCUGUCCCGGCUGUCGAGGAGGAACUCGCCGUUGAGUCUCUCGUGGCUGAAUCCAGCCCCGUUCGGCCUGUCGCCGCUACUAAGAAGAAACCUGCCGUUAAGUUUAUGGCUGAAGAAUCCAGCCCCGUCCGGCCUGUCCCGGUCGUUGAGGAGGAAUCUAGCCCCGUUCGGCCUGUCUCAGCUGCUAAGGAGGAACCAGCUGUUGAGUCUCCCGUAGCUGAGGUGUCCAGCCCCGUUCGGGCUGUUCCGGCUGUUGAAGAGUCACCAGAGCCAGAGACUGAGGCUGCCGACGUCCCAAUUGCGCCAGAGGAGGACGUUGAGCCUGAAGAGUUGGUCAUAGACGAAGCUGAGGGUCAGUCACUGCCAGAUCAAUCAGAAGCUCUCACCACAGAAAGUCUCCAAGCAAGGGUGGAGGAUGCUGCCGAGCCUGAAGUCGCCCGACCAGAGGAUGAAAUUGUUCAGCCUGAAGUCCCUGUCGAGGAUGUCAGCCGUCAGACACCAGAAUUAGAAGCCAGCAAUGUUGAAGCGCCUGGGCAGACAGAAGAAGUGCAGCAAGCCGAUCCCGACGACAAGGUCGCCGCCAAAGAACAAUCACCGGAACACACCGAGGUCACCGUAUCUGAAGCAGUGGAAGAGACAGUCUCUGUCGAAGCAACAGUACGCAACUCAACCAAAGAGGUCACGCCGGAUCAUGUCGAGAUCAACGAGACAGAGAUCACCAAGAUGGAAGUGGAAGAGACGCAGCCUCAAUCUGACGAUGAAGACAUGGAAGUCUCACUGAUUCCUGAUGAGACUACAGUUCAGGACGUCGAAGAAGCUACAGUCGAGGUGCACAUGAAGUCUGACGACGAAGGCUCUGUGGAGCCAGCGGACGUUGACAUGGGCGACCUAGACGACAUGUCGGUCGACGAAGAAGUGAGCAGCAAUGCCGCAGACUCCGAUAUGGAGCUCGACGAUGCCACCCAGGACCUACUCAUCCAGAGCCAGCUGUACGAGGAGUCAAUGAUGUACGAGGAAGGCCAAACGGUUACGACUUCCAUCACCACGACGCAGAUGGUCGAGGAACGCCCAGUCUCUCAGGGAGGUGAUGCCGCCGACGACACUCACCCCGAGACUGAGGUUAUCGAGAAGUCACGGGUGACUGUUGAGACGACCAUCACGGAGCCCCUGGAGACGACGGACGCACAGCAGGCGCAAGUUGAAGACGCAAUGGACGUCGACGAGCUGGAUGACGCCAAGUCUACACAGAUGGCAUCACCGACGCCAACGCCUCAAUCGUUUGAGGAGAAGAUGGUCGGAACAGAAACCUCACAAGUUGACGAGCAGUUGACACCGCGCGCCACACAAACCGUCGAAUCCUUCUCACAGUCGUUCGUCGAGACGCAGACCACCGAGGUGACUGUGCCAGACGAUAGUGAACAACAGGCGGAGCAAUUAGCGGAGCAUCUCGACGACAAACGCCCCGCCGAGUCCCCCGCAGCGGCCCCAGUCCAACCCCACGAACCGCUGCUAGACGAUGAGGAGGAGGUGGAGAUGGAGAAGGAAGCGGUCAUCCCCCACGAAGCUGAUGCAGAUGCGCCCUCACCUAUCAACGAAGAGUCAUCACAAAUCCGAGACUCGUCGGCGCAACCGUCGGAAGCGCAAUCGUCUCUUAUCGCCGAGGACCCAUCGGAGGAAGUCGUUUCCGCCGCGCAGCCAACUCCGAAGCGAGGAGGUCGCGGCCACCGCAGAACCAACAGCAAGGAUCAGGAUCCCAGCGUCAAGCUGGCCCGUGCGUCGAUUGCUUCUCGACGGUCGACGCGCCUAUCAGAUCGCACGACGCCUGAUAUUCACAGCAGCGCCGCUGCCGCUCCCAUUCGAGGGAUGGCGGCGGCAGCGACGACGACGAGCCGAGGCAGGUCGGCGAGUUUGGCGCUCAAGAGCGAUUCACCUGAUGCGGACGCGGAGGAGGACACGGGCGUGCAGCCCGCUAGGGCCGCGAUCAAGUCACCAUCGCGAGCUCCCAAGACCGCCAAGGAGAAUGUCACCAAGGGGGGCAAGGAAACUGUCUCCAAAGAAGCCAAGACUAAAGAAUCAAAGGCCAAGGACAAGGACACCUCAAAAGAGUCUGGUGCUGCAGCAUCAACAUCACAACCAACAGAACAAUCCUCCGCAGCCCUCAAAGCCCAGCUCACCAAAUCCCUCCGCGCCGACGUGCCGGACUGCGUCUCCCUCAAGGUCCUCCGAAGCCACCCGGGCCGCACCGUCGACGUGCUCGCCGUCGCCACCACGAACCCGCCCGAAGCGAAGCGCGCAAAGGGCGGGCCCCGCGGCAUCAUGCUGGCGUUCAACGUCACGGACCACUCCGUCGCGCCCGCGCAGACGGUCGCCGUGCAGAUUUUCAGGCCGCACAAGGCUGCGCUGCCCGUGAUUCACCAGGGCGACGCGGUGCUGUUGCGGAACUUUAGCGUCAUGGUGCUUACGAGGAGCGGGUUCGGCUUGAGGGCGAAUGAUGGGUCUAGCUGGGCCGUUUUCGAGACGAGACGGCACGGACAUGGGGGAGAAGGUCAGGGAGGAGGGGACGGUGGCGGCAGUGCCGAUGCGGACGCUGGUGAUGAUUUGCCGCAGAUUCGGGGUCCGCCUGUGGAGCUGUCUGAGGGGGAGACGGGGUAUGCGGCUCUGCUUAGGCGGUGGUAUGCCGGGCUGGAUGCCAAGUCGCUCGCGAGGUUGGACAAGGCUAACGAGGCGGCGCCGGCUGUUGGGAAUGUUGGCAAGGAGGGCAAGUGA